AUGCCAAAAGCCUCGGCUUUACCACAACUCAACUUGGCUCCUAACAACAAUGAUGACCUCAAUGGUUUAACACCGGCGACACUGAGCCCUCGCUCGACGGGCUCUCCCCAUACUCCACACACCCCAAGAUCAGCACCGACGUCGCCCUUUCUGCAAGGCCCUCCCCAGUCUUUCAUGUCGCACCAGGCGUCUGCUUCUCAGGAUGGAGCGCAGCCAGGGGCAAGUUCGCCAAAGAUAACAGCCAUGCCUGAACUCCCUCCUUCGCCCGUUCCUCAGUCUCCAAAACACGCCCGAGACCCGUCCAAGGGCUUCUUCUCCAACCUCAUGGCGUCAAAAUCGUCGCAUAAACUGCAUGCCUCAGAAACAAGCAUCCCAGAAGGCGGAGAAAGACCAAGUGGAAGGAGUCGCGCCAGUUCAAAAGAUCGAUCUCUUCAUUCAGUGAAGAAGCAAGGUUCAACGCCAGAGCUACCGAAAGGCGGAUCAAGCAAUGGAACAAUAAACGCAAACAAUCCGCCAACCAUAUCGGAACCAACGCUGGCUCAGCCGCCAGCAGAACCUGUUGCAGCAGGCAAGAAGCCCAAGCCGAGAUUUGGAGGUAUCCUCGCAAGGACCAAGACCGUAAGGAUGGAGGACUUGCCGCCGAAACAGAAGAAUCCACCGCCAAGUCAUCUUCAGCUCGAUACGACUAGUCCAGGCAUAGACCGGCUCGACGACACAUCGCCAAAGACCGCGCCCAUCAAGUUUGACCAUCGAGAUAGAGCCUUUGGGACGGAAGCUGGGGCAACAACUCGUAACCGGUCAGCAGAUCGACAAACGCGCGACGAUUUCCUGUCAGCGAGAAAAGAAAGGCAGACAGGCAAUCUACCCAUGUCGCACUCGUUUCGAGAGGGCUCGACGCUACAAAUCCUCUCCAACAUCGGGCAAACAGGCAAAGGCGUGGGCGAUCGCAUUGGCAAGGCCGGAAAAGGCUUCUUUGGCAAGAUUACACGAAGCGGAAGUAGCAAUGAACGCGAGACGCCAACGGUCACGGAUGACAAUUACGUAUGUACGACAAUCAACCUGCCACUCGUCAAGCAAACCCGGAAAACGAGAAUUGCAAGGCGUCUCGAGGUAUCGAAGGACAAGACAGAGUUUUGGAUGCCAGCAUUGCCCUGGCGCUGCAUUGACUAUUUGAACAUGAACGGUGCAGAGGAGGAAGGCCUGUAUCGGAUACCCGGUAGCGGCAGAGAUGUGAAACACUGGCAGCGGCGCUUUGACACCGAGUACGAUAUCAAUUUGUUUGACGAGCCCGAGCUGUAUGAUAUCAACACGAUCGGCUCGAUGUUCAAAUCAUGGUUGCGAGAGCUGCCUGACGAGAUUCUUCCGAAAGCCGUGCAGAACAAAGUGGCCACACAAUGCGCUGGUGCGACAUCAGCGCCUCAGUUGCUGCGAGACGAGUUGUCGCGGUUACCGCCCUUCAACUACUACCUCCUCUUCGCCAUCACGUGUCAUCUCAGCCUCUUGAACAGCUAUGCUGACAAGAACAAGAUGGAUUACCGCAACCUGUGUAUCUGCUUCCAACCCUGUCUGAAGAUCGACGCCUUCUGUUUCCAGUUCCUGGUUAUGGACUGGAAGAACUGCUGGCAAGGUUGCUGGACCGAGAAAGAAUACUUGGAAGAAGAGUACCGGUAUGAACGAGAAGGUUCAGUCAAUGAGAGCGAAGACCUCGGUCUCGACGAGAGGGCCCUUUCUUCCAGUGGGAGCAGCCAGCAACAACCAGCUCAAGCUACUCAAGCAGCUUCACCCGAGCCGAACCCUCCUCGGAGUGCGGAUGCCGCUGCACACCGCAAGUCCAUGGCGCCCAAGACCAAACAAAGGAGUCUUUCGCAAGGUGGAAAUACCAGGGAUCGAUCUAACAGCGGGCAUGGACCAAGCCAGUCGGUACCUGCUGUGCCACAUCGGAUUGUCACACCAGAACCUCCAAAACUGUCACUUGACCAGAAGUUGCCAGAACUGACUGGGCUUUCUCCUAUCAGGAUGUGA